AUGGUCAAGUACAUAAGAGAAGGUGGUCAAUUAGUUCAACGACUGGUUCGUAGAGUCAAUUCAACCAAAAGAUCAAGAAUAGUUUUAAUAUCAUUCAUAUCGGUGUUAUGUUUAGUGAUACUUCAACUAAACUAUCUUUAUCUAUACAAACCUUCAAAAGAGUUCCAAGUUAGUUAUAACAAGGCAAAACCUGAAGGAUCAACCUAUUAUGAAACACCGGAUCUGACUGUGAUUAAAGCACAUCCAGAGAAACCUGAAACUCAAAACAUUACAGAUGGUCAUGUUAUAAAUGAUUAUGGUGAUGAUGAAUAUUAUAAAAAUAAGGAUUUCUCAGAUUAUACAAAUAUUGAUAAGAUCGAAGCUGGGUUGAACAAAUAUGGAGAGUUUAAAGACUUCAUAAACAAUCAAUUGAUUCAAAAAAUCUUGGAUACGAAACCAUCAUUCGGACCAAUAAAUAAUCGUGAUCAUUAUAAUAAAUCAAAUUCAUACCAAACUAAUUGGGAUGGGAAAUUACCAGUGUUAUCAGGGAAACUACGUGAAAAUAACGGAGUUGAUCCAAUAAGAUCCAAAGAUUACCUUAAAUCCUUCUUUCUUUUAAAAGAAAAUGAAUUUGUCAAUUUGAAAAACUCUCAUAAAGUGUUUUUAGAAAACAUGCCAACUGAAUUCCCUGAAAACAUUGCCAAAAAUUUCAAAGGAAACGGUAUAUUAUACGCAGGAGGUGGGAAUUAUAAUUGGUUAGUACUUUUAUCAAUCAAGAUGCUUCGUGAUCUUGGUUCAAAAUUACCAAUAGAAGUGUUCAUACCCAAUGAAAAUGAAUAUUCAGUGGAUCUUUGUGAUCGAAUCUUCCCAGUAUUUGGUGCUAAAUGUAUCCUAAUGUCAAAUUAUAUCGAUACGAAGAAGAUCAAAAUAAAAGGAUAUCAAUUAAAAUCAAUGGCGUUAUUAUUAACAUCAUUUGAAAAUGUGCUAAUGCUAGAUUCUGAUAACUUACCUUUGAAAAACCCAGACUUGUUAUUCAUCAACGAACCAUUCAUUUCCAAACCUUUAGUUAUAUGGCCAGAUUUUUGGAGAAGAUCGACCUCUCCUGCAUUUUAUGAAAUUGCUGAUAUACCCAUCAAUGAGACUAAUCAAGUCCGGUUCAGUUAUGGUGAUGAAAGGGAUCACCCAGACGGUUUGAAAACGCUUGAAGAUUAUAAUGCUAAAGUCUCCUAUCACGAUCUAGAACGUGCCUUCCCAGAAGCGUCUUCAGAGACUGGCCAAGUGCUCAUCAAUAAGAAAAUCCAUGCAAAGACAUUAUUUCUUUCAUUAUACUAUAACUAUUGGGGGCCUAAUUAUUACUACCCAUUAUUUGCACAAGGUCAAGCAGGUGAAGGUGAUAAGGAGACACUGUUAGCAGCUGCUCAUAAAUUUGGACUACCGUAUUAUCAAGUUCAAGAAUAUAUCAGAGAAUAUGGUGAAAUUUAUGAAAAUGGAAACAUUGAAAUCGCAGCAAUGGGUCAAUAUGAUCCAAUUUUGGAUUAUAUGCAAACUAGAAAUCCAAAAACGUUCAAGAGCAAGUUCCCAUAUGAUCGUACAAAGGAUAAUUAUCAUAUGCAUAGGUUUAAGAACUCAGAAACGUUGUUUUUGCAUUGUAAUCAACCAAAAUUAUACCCUUGGAGAAUUGAUGGGAAGGGGUUUAGACAAAUCCAUGAUGGGGAUGGGAAUAGAAGACGUUUAUAUUCGAAAUUGUUGAUUAAAGAACUGGGGUAUGAUUUUGAAGCCAAGAUUUGGGAAACUAUGAAGUGGAUAUUAUGUGAACAUGGUGAUAUGACUAUUAAAGGUGUUAGACAUCCUGAAACUUGGUGUUUAAAAGUUAGUCAACAGUUGGAGUUUUUGCAGGGGGAUCAGUUAUAG